AAUAAUAGUUUUAGAAAAAUAAAAUAAUAAAAUUAAAUAUUUUUAUAAUGGAUGGAACAUCACAAUGCUCAGUUGGAUUGAUUUUAAAAUCAAAUUGUCACAAGUUAACAUUUACAAACCACAUUGGAAUAAACUUUUUUCAAGAUUUAGCUCCAGAUGAGCAAAAUUUAGUUGCACUAAGGUCUGGUGUUUCUUCUGUUUUGAUUAUUGACUUAUGUUUUCAUCAUCAAAAGUUCUAUCUUGAGAAGUUCCCUGUGUUUCAGAAUAAAUGCUGUGAUCCACUGUUAGUUCACAAAAGACCGUGCAAAGCAUCUCUCAGAGAAGUCACGUUAAGAACCAUAGCUUUAAACAACAGGAUCAAUAUUGUACCUGGUCAAAAAAUUUGCACAAAUUGCUUAGUCAGAUUAAAAGCUUCCACUGAAAUUAAUACUGAUAACAUUAAUAUUGCUGAUGAUUACACAAAUGAAAGUAUAAAUAAAGAAAACAUAUUUAGUGUUCAACAAAAAGCUGAUUUAAAUAAAAACAGACAAGAACUUUCUGAUUGUCUCAGUAUAAUUGGUGUGUCACCAGUCAAGCUUCACGGAAAGCCAUUUGCAAAUCGUAUGAGUAUUGGGAAAAAAAAAAUUAAAACUAUUGCAAAAGUUUUCAAAGAAAAGUUAUCAAGUUCUUUAAAAAUUCCAUUGACAGAAGUUGAAGUUUUUGAUAAUGAAUAUGUUCUUGAUUUAAAAAAAAAAGUUGUUCAGUUCGAAAAAAUGUUAGUUUUGAUCAAAGAUAAACUUGAAAAAUGCAGUUCAUUUAGGGACAAAAUUCAAGUAUUGAUUUUGUGCCCACAAGAAUAGUCAAUUAAAGCAGCUAGUGAGUAUUUUAGUGUUUCAAAUUAUCUAAUAAUAAAAUCUAGAU